AUGCACAAGAUAACCAAGGGUCUGAAGAAGAAGAAAAAAGGCAAAAAAUCCAAACAUAAGGAAGAGGACCUCUUCAAACCCGAAGAACUCGAGAACUACAGACGAGAACACCAAAACACCUCAGAAGAACAACCAGCUCAAAAUGAAGAAUGGAAGAAAUUCUUGGCAUUAACCUCCGAAGUCGACGACAUCCUAAAAAAAACUCAAGGAGACCUAGACCGCAUCAAAAGCACCUCCUUCUUCCAGAGAAAACCGACCGAGAGCGAGGUCAGAAAGAAAGAAGAAGAGAGGAUAGUAGAGGAGAAGAAAUCCGAGGAGCUAGCUUCGGCGAGUGUCACUAAGGAACCAACUUUAGCCGACCUAGGCAUCGUCGAAGUUUCAGAAUCCGAAUCGGAUGAGGAAGAAGACGAUAACCUCUUCGACACCACCUACUUGGAAGCUUUAGAGCAAGCUGCCGUCAAGCUAGCUUACAUUCCAGACUCUCCGACAGAGAAUCCAUUGGAAGGGGACGAUCCGUUUGACACUUCUAUAGCUGAAAGAGCUAUCCUAGGACCAGAGGUUCUGCGGAAGGGAAAGAAGCUUGUUCCGCUUGGAGCGGCUGUCGAGGUCCUAACUGGCAGGGUCGAGUUACCGACCUGCGCUACCAAAAGACCCACGAGCAGGAGGCAGGUGCUCAAGGAGAGGGAUUUAUUGCUUGGGAGCUUCGAUGAAGGUGCCGAUUUGGUGAUUGGAACUGCUAGUGCAGUAGCCGAACCAAUUCCGAAAACCCUUCUCGACGAAGAUCCUAUCCCAUUACCGGAAGCGCCAAUCGACUUGAGCAACCCCAUUCCAUACCCACAAGCACUUCCGAUCGUUACCACAUCCGACAACACCGCGAAUACAGCUGCUGACCAUAGCGAUAUACUCAAAGAAUUUGAUGUCACUGCUCCCGUAGAAGACGAAGACGACCUCGAAUUCGAAGCUCUAGCUGCGGAAAGUCUGUCUAAAGCUGCUGUAGCUCCUGAGCAGAGCUUACCAAUCAACACAGGAGCUAACUUUGCUGGAGAAGUUGAGUGGGGCGCGUUUGAUGCUGAGUUCGAAAAAACAGCAGUAGAAGACGAAGAAGUCCCAGAAGUCGAUCCAUUCGAUACAGCAUUCGCCGAUAAAGUUAUACCGGACUUGAUUCCCAACAAAGAAACUUACACUGAUGUAGCAAUAUUAGCGAAUGGAAAUAACUCUGCAGUAUUUGAAGAGAACUCGCUAUUUUCUGACGACCGCGUUGCAGGAAACGAGUUGAAUACAAUAAAACCCUGCGACAGAGACCUUCUUGGAGGAAGCAACGUCGACUUAUCCGUAAGCUCAAUACAACCACCCCAGAUACAGACAGAACCCUACUCCGAUCCGUUUGAUAAUGGAAAUAAUGUGGAAUCACUGAGUGAUGAUGAUUUUGAUCCAAGGGCAUCAGAGUUCUCCAAAGAACGUACCUUAUCACGACCAGACGUUCUGAACUUUUCGAGCUCAAAAACUGUAUCUUUCGAUCUACCCUCAACUGAGGAAAAUGCGUUCAAUGAUUCUAACAAAGUCAUAAAGCCAUUGACUCCCUUUUACACAAGAAAAACUUCCAUAGCGGAAUUGCCGGAAUCAGAUCCUUUCGACACUUCUUUCGCAACGAACUUAGCGCCAGGCAAAGCUGAACUUAAAAUUAUCGAGAGUGAGUUGUUCGACCCCAACGUCGAAAGGAACUUGGCACUACACGACAAACACUUCAAUCCAAGGGACGAAACUAGGGCCAGAAUCGACAGAGUCAUACAAGAUAUAGUCAACCCUAAAGUUGAAGCUUCCCAAUCAAUAGAUUUACUUGCUAUCGAUAAUGACAUACAAGCCAAAGUAUUGACACCUGGUGACGCGAACAGUAGUGUAACAGAGUUGAGUUAUUCUGACCCAUUCGACACUUCGAUAGCGAAGAAUAUACAGCCAGGAAAAACAGAGCUCAAACUUCUAGAAAGCCAACUGAUUGCUUCCCCUCCAGAACAAAAAAACUCUGAUCGGAAAGUCGACGACUUGUUGCUUCAAGAAGAUCAUAGAGUGAUAGCGAAACCACUUUCUCCUUCAGUAAGUCUCGAUUUCUCACCGGUCAUAAACGACGAUUUCGAUCCUUUUGACACGAGCUGUGCCAAUAACAUUCUACCAGGCAGAGCUGAACUAAAAGUGAUUGAGUCUGAAUUCAUCUAA